AUGUUCUUAUUUUCUGACGAUUCUGUCAAAAUUUCUGCCUGGUUCUCUGAUGGUAAGGUGAGAACUAUUGAAGCGAAUGCUGUCUCCAACGAUUGCCAGAGCUCACCAACAAUUUAUAACAGCGGAUUCUUGUCAUCAUCGGAGGUGACAGAAUCAAUUGAAAACUUCAUGACCCUUAUGAACGGAAGCCAGAAUUUAAUCAUGCGAAGGCUUUCUUUUGUAGGCAAAAUGACAGUCCCAUAUCCUAUUACCACUAAGACUUUAACUGUCACUUCAAGAACUUCUAACUUUACUUCAGUCAAUUCACCUUCUGGGCAUUUGUACUUGACAACUUAA